AUGUAUGCCAUCAUUGCAAUGAGACAUUUCCACGUAUUGUUGAGGACAGUGGAAAUUGGCAGAGAGGGUGUGGAGCGCAUGCGCGAGGUCCAAGGACACGAGCCGUGGCUCAGUCUGACGGGAGGCACCGUCGCGGCUACCUGUCUCCGAGGUGAGGAUGCGGACUGCCGCAUAGACCAGGAGCCCGCUCUGUGCCCGCAUGCCCGCCCCACCAGCUCCUGGAGGCCGCAGAGCGACCCCUAG